AAUACUGUCGCCCGCCUCCGUCUCCAAGUGAAGUGAGUUGCUUGCUCCGAGAUUGAUUGUGUACACCGGAUAAGAGGAGCCAGCGAAAAAUGUCAAAAGUUGACCAGGACCCGAAUGCCUCACUGAGCAUAAUGGAGCAAAUUAAGCAGCUCAUCCGUCCGCCGCCUAACGAGGACGAGAAGCUCGUGCAACGGACCACCAACACUAAGCAUCCUUAUUACAGGCGACCCGGAAGGGGGCAUAACCACGAUUACUGCGACGCCUGCGAGGAAGGCGGCAAUCUGCUGUGCUGCGACCGAUGCCCCUCCAGCUUUCACCUGCAGUGCCAUGAUCCACCAUUAAGCGAAGAGGAUAUACCUAGUGGCCAGUGGUUGUGUCAUAGCUGUCGCAUGGCAAAGGUCUCCCAGCCGCCGGCCUCUUCCUCCAAGGCUAGCUCGGUGGAGCGGGUACCCUCGGCGGGCAGUGGAUCCAGAGCCAAUACCCCUUCCUCUGGAGAUCUGGAGUCUAUACCUUUAAAGAUCCGCAACCUCCGCAAACGCAGCAACAGCGAACGCAAUAGCACCGAGAAGCUGCUGGCAAAGAUGCCCUUGGCCAUACAGCGCGCCCUCGAUCCCAAUAAGAAGCCAACGCCACUGGACGAUGUUAUCAGGGCGGCCAGUAUGUUGAAUCCGCAACAGUUUUCGCUGCCCCCGGAGCUAGAGUUGCACACCCAGUUUCCUGGUAAUGGCAAGGUGCAGCCGGUCCAGCAGACGCAUCCGCCAAGCGGGAAUGGUUCCCAUCGCAAAUGUGCUGGCAAUCAGCGCCGCAAUUCAAAGCCCUUCGAGCUGGACGCACAGGGGCUUGUUCCACUGCCCGCAAAGACUUGUUUUUAUUGCACGCGCUCCUGCAAGCGAGCGCCGCUUAUAUCCUGCGACUAUUGUCCACUAUACUACCACCAGGAUUGCCUGGAUCCCCCACUGACGGCACUGCCAGCUGGUUUGUGGAUGUGUCCCAACCAUGCCGAAAAUUUCAUUGAUGCCAAUAUGACCAACAGCAUUUCAGCCACGGAACGGGUACGCCUUUGGAAUCGCUUUCAUCAGCCGCUUGAUCAUGAAAGCGUCAAGCUUGAGUUCUUUCGACGUGUCAACACUCGCCAUCCGCCUUUCCGCACCAAGACGAAUUUGCGGGCCCGUGCCCACAUCGAAGUGCCAGCCAUUGUGCGCUACCACUACGAGCAUCCGCCGGCGCUGUUACCCUCCAUGCGCCAAACACUGCGCUACGAUCGUGUGAAGCGGCGUAAGAACCUGCCCACCGAAGUUGAGGAGAUCUCCCGUGAGUCAGUCACCGAAUCGCUGCUAAAGGAUUUGGAGGCCUUGCGCACCGCUCACGCUAAGUUCCGUGAGAUUCAACGGGAAUAUGGAACCGUGGAAACGGCAGUAGAGGGAGAUAGCGACAGCGAUCCUAGCCCAGAAGAACCGGAGUCCGAGACGAACUCUCCGGGCGAUAAACUAAAUGGCGGAGUGGAUUCGGAGAAUCCAAAAACAGAACCUGAUGUCCAGCCUAACGAAGAGCCGUCAGCUAUCAAAGUGGAAACUAAGCCCAGCCUAGAGUUGGAGGUAAGCUUUGAGGAGGAAGAAGAGGACAGCAAAGCGGGCAUUAUCGAUGCUGACCUUUUCCACUUGGACGUGGACAUAAUAAAGAAACUGGCGCACCAGCGACUGCAGCAACUGGUAGAAGAAUAUCCGGAGAUUGUGACGCAGUAUAAGAAUCGCACGGCCGCCCGCCGACUGCGUCAACUGGCAGCUGCUGAUGGAUCGGAUGUAGCCCCUGCUCUUCAAGGCCAACUUGCGCCGGAGGAUAUGAACCGUUUCUCGCUGCUGUUCACCAGCGAAACAUCUUCGAUACUGGCGCAGAAAAAUGGCAAUGCUGCCGACGAGGAUCCCGCAAUGGCACUGCAUCCCGCUUUGGCCACCGCGGCGGCAAUUGCUGCAGCGGAUGCAGCUGCCGAGAGCUAUAUGCCGCGUGCCAGAAGCGAUACAGAGAAAGCCUAUGAGCUGGCCUCGAGACUGGAGUUAAAGCUGCUCCAGUGCAAGGUACAGGCGCGCGCGGUAAUCACGCCUUUGGGCGACAUGUUGGAGGACAGCCGCUGGUUCAGUUCGCUACGGCUGGAUCAUUCGAUUUUUAUGCGGUACCGAACGUUGUAUAUUGGCUAUGGUGGCCAUUAUUCACCGUCCACAACGCUGGCGCAAACAGAGACCGUGGACCUUUCAGCUAUUGGUUACUGCUGCCGCAUUUCGCCACAGCACGCCAUCAUCUUCUACGACGAGUUCUCCAAAUCGUACGAACUGAUUAACUACUCCGAGUUUGGGACGGAGGUAAAUGGGCAGCUGUACGCCUGCGAUCUGACCGAUAGGAUGCACACUCAUGCUGGAAAGCGGAUGCGACCGGAUGAUGCGGAACUGAAAAGACGCGUCGACGAUCUGUUGGAUAAGCGGCGGCAUAUUCAUCGCCAGUUUGAGCCCAAGACAGUUGGCAAGGAGCGAUUGGCACCCAUUGUGAAGCCAGCCUGUCGUUGUACGAACGCCGGACCAGCGCCCAUGGUGGCCGGAGCUUGGGAAGGAUCGGCAGUGCUGGCUCACGGCACCCUGCUGCGUUUCGGCUGUCUGUCGUUUGUAUUUUCAGUGCCGUCAGUGGACCUGCUGCAGGCGCAGGCGCGCAGCAAGCGUCCUUAGGACCAAGACAUGAGCCGAAACACUUAGUUUUAGCACACAUAGACACGCGCUCAACCGCAGCCAACUCCAGUGGAGCAGCACCAAUCUCAGUGGGGCAGCUAGCAGCCAGGCAUAGGGUUAGGGUUAGCAAUCAUCAUCGCAAUUUAACGCCUCGGCUUUCAUUUUUAUUUACACAAUCCUCCCAUCCUAGCGUUAAGGGGGUUUUCUGAUGUUUUGCAAUAAAUUACGGAGUAGACGUCUAGUGGAUGUGAAAUGUUCUCCACAAUUCACACUCUACAGACACCAAAACUAGUAAUUCUUGCCUUAAACAUAUUUAGCAAUCAGUUCAAUUUUAUCGAAAUUUAUUGCCUUGGCUUUACAUUUUUAUUCACACAAUCCAAUCAAUCCUCCCAUCUUAGCGUUAAGGGGACAACAUUAUGAUUUUUGCAAUUCUCUUUGGAGUUGGCGUCUGCGGGGUGUGAAAUGUGCAGAUGCUCUCUACAAUUCAUACCCAGCAGACGCCACGCUCUGAAAAUAUUGAAUUAAACAUAAUCCCCAAUUUAUUGUACUUCUAAUUGUAUAAAUUACUAAAUUGAAUAAACUUGUAAGAAUUA